AUGACUAAUCCAAAAAUCCUUGCUGAAAAUUAUAAGAAAAUAUUAACCAUUUUAAAUAAUAUUACCAAGAAUGAAGACAACACUCCUCUUAUAGAUUAUCCUGUUCUUAUUGGCUCACGUGCUGUAAAAUGGCAUAUUUCUUCUUUUCGUGAACCUAAUGAUUGGGAUAUGGUGGCAACUCCUUUACAAACAACUUUAUUUAUUAAUAAAGUCAAAGAAUCUGGUGCUACUUUUAAAAAUAUAAAAUUAAUUCAUUAUCCAGGAGGUGGACUAAAACUUGUUGGAGAGUAUAUUGAUCAACAUACAGAUAAAAAACUUAUUAGCUUUGAUAUUGAACUUGUCUCUGAGAAAGUGGAUCUCAGGAACAUGAAAUCAAAUAUGAAUUUGAAUAAAAAAGAAAGUGAUGAAGAUGAAAGCGAUGAGGAUGAAAGUGAUGAGGAUGAUAACAUCUCUGAAGACAAUUCUGAUAUAUCUAAUGAUUCUGAAGAUUUUGAAUAUUCUGAAGAUAAUAUGGAAGAUGAUGAUAUGCAAGAUGAUGAUGAAAUCAACAAAAUUGAAUUUGAAAGGUUUAAUGAUGUUCACCCAAAACUGAGUGCUCUAAUGAUUUUAGAAUUAUGUUGUAAUAUUAAAGAUAAAAUGAUGUUUCCACUGUUGUAA